CUUCCAUCACAUCACUUCAGCAGCGCAGGUGCUUUUCUAUGCUGAUGUGCUUUUUAAAGCUGGUAUGUUUGUAAGUCUUAAUUUUAACCUGCACAGAAACUGAGAGCUCCAGAUCGAUCACUGGGUGAAGAAUUCAACAAACACAACCGGGAGAUUGACGGGAUUUGCACUUGGAGGAUGUGUGGUAUGGACGUGGACCUGGAUGAUGGUGGUUCAGGGGAGGAGGAGAAGGAGGAGGAGUUCUGGAUUGGGGAUGGGGUGAAGAUGCUGCCUCCACCUGUGGCCCACAGUGAGGGCAGUGCAUGGGGCAGCCGCAGGGGCAGGUGUGGAUGCGUGGCCUGUGGAGCAGUUCUCAUCCUUUGGAAUGUGUGCAUCGUCUUGCUCAGCGCCGUUCUCCUGGCGGCAGUGUUCUUUGUGGUGCUGCUGCCUGCAGUGCUGGUACUCUACGCCGGUUUCCUCUGCCAUUCAAGGGUCCUCAACGCCCCCUCCGCCAUCUGCCGCUAUCUUGAUGACAACAGCUGCUCCGCCCUCAUCAUCUUGGGCUUUGUGAUGAUGUCACCACUCGUGGUCAUGGCUGCUGCAGUUUUCUGUGGGCUGCUCCAAAGAUUUCACCUCCUGCUUCUCAUUCAGCCCAUCACGCGUGCCUGGUACCGUGGGCGGCUGCUGGACUGGGCAGGCAGCAUCCAUGCCUGGGUCUAAUCAUGACAGGACAGAGGUGCUGAGAGUCAGACAUAAGAGUCAGGGCAUGUUAGAGUCAACCAGAAAGGAACAAUGGGCAGCAAAAUUAUCAGGAAGACCUUAAAAUGAAACUCAGUUCAGUAUAACAAUACAGUUAAGAAAAUUAACAAUACAAUAUGAUACAAUAUAAUAACACUUUAUUGUCAGAUAAGAUCUGAAGUUUGUCUUGUGACACCAGGCAGCACCAACGCAAAACCAAACAAUCACAACAACACAUAAACAAUAACAGUAAACAGUAAACCACGUCUGUUAAAGCUAACAGUUUAGAAAUAGUUUGACAUUUUGGGAAAUCCAUGUAUUUGCUUGGCAAGCGCUGGAAGUGAAGAUUGAUACCACUCUCGGCACAGUUAAUGAUAAUGCACAAGCAGAUGAUAACGUUAGCUUGGCAUAAAAAAUGGAAAUAGGUGAAAAAGCUAGCUUAGUUCUGUGCAAAGAUCAAAAAGCCACGUACCAGCAACUCUAAAGUUAAUAAUUUAACAUAUUAUAUGCUACUUGUUCAAUCUGCACAUGCUUACAUAAACAGAAAUGUAACAAUGCUAAGCUGGGACUGUGUCUUCACCAGGCCCACAAUGACACUUGGGCUUUGGAACGAAUUAAACCAACAAGAUAAGUAAUUAGAUAAUCAGUGAGCUUCAGAGAAGCUGGCAGCUGAAUUUUGUUACUUUUGGACAGAGUCAAGCUGGAACCAGAGGAAAACAAUUAAGCUAUGCUACAGUAAGUGCAUCUUGUCUCUAGCUUUAUAAUUAUGUGGGAGUGGUAUUGAUCUUCUCAUCUAACUAAUAAUCUCCCUUCCCAAAACAUGGCACUGUUUUUUUAUUCUCAAGGUUUGUAGUGUUGUUGAACUGGAAGUACAUUUUGGGUCACAUGGUGAUUUGUUACAAGUUAAAAUAAGCUUGUGCUAAAGUUUGUUGUAACAAUUUCAUUCUCAGUCUUAUUUGGCUUUGAAGUAGAACAAGCUGUUGUUUUCUGUGAUUCAUAGAUGUAUGUUUAUGUACUUUAACCUAUCACACAGAACGCAUCUUAGGACAGUCUGGAAGAAAAUAACUAUAGUAUCUAUAGAGGGAAAGUUAAAAUAUAAAUGUAGGUUUUCAGACAAAUAAAACUCAAGGAUUUGUCAUUUCCUUUUGAGCAGGUUGAACUAGUUCAAUUUUGUCUAUAAAUCUAUACUUUUGUGACUUUGUAUUGCCUUUUUGCUAACUGGAUUGACAUGUGAUGAUUGUCUCUGAAGUGCAUGUCCAACAGUUAUUUAUGAUUACGCAUUAGAAGUCUAGCAAAAAGUCAAAGCAUAAUUGCAAACAUAAGAUUUAGUGAUCUGCUUUUGAUUUAUUUUGGUCCUGUGUGUGGCUCAGUUCCCUGGGACCCUCAAAUGCUCCAUCAACUCAGAAAAAUGUUUGAACAAAUGCAUCUUAUAAGGACUUCAGUAUUGUUUGUGAGAUGAAUUAAAUGGACAAAUAUGUUUGUCCUCGAACCACUUUACCUGAUGUAGCAUCAUUAUCCUUUCUUGUCUUGUGGGAUGGAGGGAGUGUAUCAAACAUAUUUCAUUUUAAGUCAAUCCUCUAGGUCACACUGUGCCAUAUAAAUCACACCCUUCAUUAUGAAAUCACAUUUAUAGUACCAUAAAAUAAUGGCUGUUUAGUGGGAACCAACUGUUAAAAAGGGAUUUGAAUCAUUAGACCAGGAGCUCAUUUUGCUGCCUCUAUGCUUUCAGGUCAUUUAAAUUCAUCAGUGACACACGCACUCCUUUUUAUCAGUGUGUCCUUGCUCUGUAAUUAAGCGUUCAGAUUUGAGGUUGCAUUUCUCCAAAGAAAGCCUUGAAUUACAAUUUAUGCGGGGCGGUUAUUAUGUGUCCUGUCCCAGUGUUGUCAUAUUGAAAUCUGUCUCUUUUUAUUUAAACUUAUCUAUUUGUGUGUUCUGACUGUGUCAGUUUAUGUCAUUCCUGUUAUUGAUCUUCCACUGUGUGUAAAUCGUUCGCUUACCAUAAUUGAUCCCUAUUGGUUUCAGUGUAUGAAAGAACUGUACAGAAAAAGGGGUGAUGUAUAUUUUUCUUUUCGGUGUUAUGAAAACAGCAAUACAUGUUCAGGCCUUGCAUCAAUAAAAUGAAGACCUUA